CAGGGGAAGGCGCGCAGCCCGCGUAUGCCAUGUUCUGGGGGCUGGAGCAUCCUGCUGCCCGCCUGGGUGCAAGCUGGGCAGCUUAAAUAUUAAUUUGCACGCAGAGAUCUGUCCACAUUAAUGGCAGCGAGCACGGGUUACUGCCAGGGGAGGCAGCUGUUGUGUUGCAAGCUUCUCCUGGGUGUCCCCUGGUGCGUUCGGGAUGCUUAAGCUGACAUGGGGUGGGAAGUGCCCUGCACAGCGCUCCCGCAGCCGUCUGCCCCAGGAGAGCUGCAUGCACGUGGGGGGAAGUGCAUGGACUUGAGCUGGCCGAGCAUCUUCACCUCUGGGCUGUGAUGUGGGGUGGGCAUUGCAGAGGGGCUGGCGGGGAGCGGGGAUCCCCAGGCAGCAGAGGGAGACCUGCGGCAAAGACCUGUUUGCUGCCUUGCAGAUGGAGGGCUCCGAGGAGCUGGAGAGCAGCCUCCUCACCCAGCCCUGGGCUUCUGUUUGCUUUGGCGAGUCUGCUUUUAUUGCCAAAGCUUGCUUCAGGGAUUCUGGCUACAUCCUGCUGAUCUCUGACCUCAGCAGCGUCUGGUACGAGAGCGUGGACGCGGAGGCUGUGGGACAAAGGUCCAAGGAGCUGAACAAGCGGCUGACGGCCCACGUGUCCUCCUUUCUGCACCGCUUGUGCAGCCUCAUGGGCCCCUUGCUGGCCGGACACCCAGAUGCCACCACCUCCUUCUCCUGCCACCGCGCGCCUGGCAGGCUCAGCGUUCACGUGAAAAGCGAGCUCUCGGGACUGCCCUUCUACUGGGACUUCCACUGCUCCGCUGCGCCCGUGGAGAUGGUCUCCCGGCACCUGGUGCGGCCCCUGAUGAGGAUGAGCCUGGCACUGCAGUCCCAGCUGCAGGAGCUGACCUCCCUGCUGCUCCAGAAAGACGCCGAGAUCGAAGACUACAGGGAGAGCGGGGCUGCUCUGAGCAGAGACCGCCUGCGGACGGAGCCCUUCCAGGAGGAGACUUUCCUGCAGAACUUCAUGGCUGAGGCCCUUCCCCAGAUCUGCGGGGCGGGAGAUGGGCAGGCGUUCGCCACCACCCUGCGGCAGCUCUACGUGGCAGUGACACAGGAAGAGGCCAGGCAGGUCCGGAAACGGCACCUUUCGGGAGAAGCUGAGGUCCUGGCACCUGCUGGAGAAAACCCAGGGCACCCAGACUCAGCACCUCAGACCCAGGAGAAUGAGACAGCCCCUUCCAGCGAGGGAGCCACGCUGGCCUCCUCCCCAGCUCAGAAGCUCCGGCUGCCCGUUGCCAAGUCCAAGCAGAAGAAGGCGAAGGGGCUGUUCAGCUGAAAGAUCGCUGCACAGCUCGAGUGUCCCUGCUCCCCCAGCAUCUGAGAGAGGCCAUGCAGAGCACCCAUAUGUCCUCUGCCCUCUGCCUCCUCUCCUGUCUCUCCCAGUGGGCCCAGCCCGGGGCAAUCUCCGCUCUCAAGCUGCUGCAGCAAUGGGCUGUGCCAGGAAGAUGGGGUGUCUCUAUCCUUUGCCAGUGUCUCAGGAAUCUCUUUUUUGCCUCUUACCUGGUGCAGAGCUUGCCACGUGCCCAGCCUGUCCCACAGUGGAGCCAGCGCUGGACCUGGGCAGGGCUAGUGGGAUACUGAGGGGUUGAUGCGAUAGGUUUUGGCUACACAACCACCCACCCUAAUUUAGGACUGAUUUGCAAUAAAAGACUG